CUACCCGACAUCCUGCAAGACAGACUUCAAAAACCUCCCUCGCACACGCAGCUUCUUACUUCUAUCCUUCUGUCCUUAAACGCACUGGUCUCGAUUCUCAUCGCCCCGUUCACCGGCCAUUUAGCGGAUGGCUCCAAGUCGAAGAACCAAUGGAUGGUGAUCUCAUGGGUGACCAACGCAGUCGGUACAGCCAUCACAGCAUGGAGCACGACAGUAGCCGUCCUCUUCAUCGGCCGACUCAUCCAAACCCUGGCCGGGUCAGUGAUCUGGAUCGUCGGCAUGGCCAUUCUGGGGGAUACAGUGGGCGCCAAACACCUGGCCAAAGCCCUGGGCUUGGCCAUGCUGUUCGUGUCCGCGGGGUUACUCAGUGGCCCGGCUGUGUCGGGGUCUCUCUACCAGUCCGUGUCCUACUCGAUGACCUGGGCGAGUGCAUUCACCGUGAUACUCGUGGGGACUGUCCUACAGCUUCUGAUUGUUGGGACUUUUAACUACGACAUGCACAUUGAGGACUCCUCCCCGGAAGAAUCGCAGAUCCGAAACCCGUUACUCUCCUCUGCAUCUCACUCCGAGAGCACACAGUACCAUACAAUCGAAGAACCCACCUCCCUCCCCACCCAGAACGUCUACACCCUCAUGCUCCGCAAGAAAAGGGUAGCCACAGCACUAAUAGCAGACAUCCUCUUCGCGAUCAUCAUCGCCAGCUUCGAGACCACGAUCCCGAUCCACAUCAAGGCCGUCUUCCACUGGGAGUCUCUCCAAGCGGGGCUACUAUUCCUGCUUCUGCAGGCCCCAUCGAUGAUCCUCGUCAUCCCGGCGGCAUGGCUGAAAGACCGGAUUGGGAUGCGGUACCCCGUGACGAUCGGGUUCCUGUGUCUUGCGCCGUCGCUGUGGUUGCUCGGGGUUCCCGGACAUGCACGGGACGCUUGGUGGACGGACGACGAGGACACUAACCGGGUGAUCUACAUCGCCACGCUACUGGCGAUCGGAGUCUGGCGGACUCUGCUGUUGGGGUUCGGGGCUGUCGAGGUGUUGCACGGCGCCAACGAGCUUUCGCAUGAGUACCCGGGCAUCUUCGGGCCGCACGGCGGGUACUCGCGGUCGUUCUCCAUGUCCAAUAUCAGCUGGAAGCUGGGGAUGUUUGUAGGGCCGCUGGUCUCGGGGACCUUGACGGAGAAGAUGGGAUAUUACCAGAUGAACUUGGUUCUAGGUAUGUUUUCGGAUCUACCAUCCAUCAUCCCAGCCCAACAUAUCCCUUCUCAGCUAGUCUACGUCCUGAGUAUGUCUACGGCAAUGAACAAUCCCCAGGUGAUAGCCUUAGCCGGCGGCAGCGGCGACCUGGGCCACUACCUCCAGGAAGAGCUCAUCAAGGAUCCGCGCUACAGCGUCGUGAUCCUCACGCGGCAGACUAACAACACAACAACAAAGACCCACCCUCCCAACCCCAUCUCCAACAGAGUAACCACCCAAACAACAGACUACACUCUCCGCUCUCUCCUACACAUCCUCCGCACCACGCACACCACAGCGCUAAUCUCUCUCCUCCGCUGCCCAGACGAGGACUACCUCCCCGUCCACACCACCCUGCUCAAAGCCUGCCAGCUCACUGAAACCUGCACCCGCUUCAUCCCCUCCGAAUGGGCCGGGGACAUCGAGUCCUUUCCCGCGCUCCCACGGGCAUACGGUCGGACUCGUCUUCCGUUCCGGGCGAUUCUUGCCCAGCAGGCAGACUCCCAAGCAUCUGAUGCCCUACCUCACCCCGUGCAGAAAGUAGAGUAUACACUGUUGAAUCACGGCUGGUGCAUGGAAUACUUCCUCCUCGCCCACCAGUCCCACCGAAGGUGCAUGCCCGGGGAGUUUCCGAUCGAUCCCGUCGCGUGGAGGUAUACCGUCCGCGGGACGGGAGAGGAGGGACAGAGCUGGACGUGUGCGCGUGAUAUAGCGUGCGCGGUGGGGAGGUUGCUGGCCGCUGAGAGGGGGAGUCGACCCUUCGUACGAGAUUACCGAUCGAAGGAGGACAUCGAAACCACGAUCCAGCAGUACGAGGACCAGCCGGAGAGUCUGGAGCUGGCUAUUGCUGAGGCAGAGGAAUGGACAAUCAGCGGUGCUACUGCCUGUCCGAAGGAGAAGACCCUGCGGCAACGAGAGAGGUUCUUUGCCGGUAUGCAUUUCACUACUGUGGAAGAGCUGCUGAAGAAGGCAGAG